AACUACAAAAUAUUUUAUUUGUACAUAAUAUUAUUUCAUUUUUAACAAACUAUUUCCAUACUGUAAUGUGGAAAGAAUUGCAGAAGUCUCCUGCUUAUUUCUUAUUAACUGAUCAAAGGCAAAUUUAUAGUAUUUUUGUCACAGAUUACAUUCGAAUAUGGGGAGCUUAUUUCACUGAAAAUGAAUUCAUUGCUUGUCUUAAGGAAAGUAACUUUGGUUUAGAAAUGGAGAAAAAUGAGUUAUUAGACAAAGGAUAUCAAAUGCUCCAGAAGCCAUCUGAACUAAAGAACAUAAAAAUAUCAAUUGAUGGACCAUUACUCACAGUUUCUAUGAGCAGAUCUUUUGGAUUCCUUUUAAAAUUUUCUGUUAAAUUAGAAGAAGGGUCCAGAGAGUUUUUUUUUCAAAAAGUUACACAACCAGCUCUGAAAAUAAUACAAGACUUGAGGUGUAGCCAGCAAGAGUUACGUAAGCUGCUCAUUACCAAGGAUGAUGAGAUUGAAGAAUACAAGUCCUUUGGAGGCAAAAUUAGAUAUACUGCUAUACCGCCAUACAACGAUGAACUACAUAUGAAGAAGCAUUGUUUGUAUCAUGCUAAUUUUGGUGAUGCAGAAGUACCUGCUAGUGUUAUGGACAGAAUAAUAGAUGUACCUCCAGAAAAUCCUAUAAUCAAAGAAGAAAGGAAUGAGACCAAAGUAUCUGUAAAGUUGGAGCCGGCAUCACAGCAAACAAAUGCCACAAGCAAAGUUAAUACAAUAUACACAGUUAAGAAAGAAAGUAUCAAAACUGAACCUCAGACUGCGAGGAAAAGAAAACUAAACAUUUGACAUGAAAUUUCUAUAUCUCCCGUUAUUAUUUUACAAAUAAUGGUAUUGAAAAAUAUUAUUUUUACACUAAAAUUUCAGUCAAAACAUCGAUUUAUGUAGUAUUUUCUUAAAUAAGUAAUGGAAUUGAACCGAUGCAAUAGUUAGCACUAGCAUGCGAUUCCAAAUGAAUUUUAUAAAUUGAUGUAUUUAUUUUUCCUAUUUUUAGGACUUGCCUAUCAUGUUUUUGUAUAGAAAUGUGUAUCAGUGUCUAUAUAUUAUUACUUUUAUACAUCUAUACCGCAAUAGUUAAAAUAUGUAAAUAAAUUAGUCGUAAAUUAAAAUUCGUUAUGCUUGUAUUUUUUGCCAUAACAUUCAACAAUAGAUUAUCUCACAGAUUUAGCUUUAAUGCACACCUAUGGAGUCGAGCCGUAGCGCAGCGUCUUUUAACUUAAAAUCAGCUUUAUGCACUAUGAAAUAAAGUUGAAAUUAUAUAAUAAAAAAACCAUGGUAAAAAAACUUGGCUCUGUUGGUAUUUUGUAAUAAGUAACAUGUCGUACAUUUAAUAAAAAUAAAUCAUUUAAUGU